AGUCUACACCGCGGAAGAGCAACAGGCAAAGGAGGCCGAGGCCAUAAAAAACCAGGACACGGAGGUCCGGGGUGGAAACAGUUUCUGUUUCGGCGCCAUCUUGCCGGACGAUUAUUGGCGCGACCCGGUGUGUAUCCUGUGCAAGAGUAUAAUUAUCGUACCCCCAGCACACUAAUUGCAGUACGUUUUUAAGUACUUAAUUUUGCAUCCCAAUAAAUCGGUUCUUUUUUCCGGAGUCCGCAUGUUAACUUGAAGUUUUUCUUCUCCUGCAAUUUGUACUACUGCGAUAUUGAUGGUCCUUAUCUUUUGCAAUGCAUAGCGAGCCAGAUGCGGGAGCUACGGGAGGGAGAAUGGGAAAGCAUGUGCGACUCGUACAAAAAGUUCCACUCCCUCUGGAUGCACGACCUGGACACCGCGGCGAGUGCCAUCAGUAUUGUCCAACUCCAGGCACUGAACAAGGCGAGGGAUUACGCUAAACAGGUGAAGGGCUGGCAGGACAAGAAAAACCUGGUGAAGGUCGAUUUCAGCGAGGUGCCGGUGCUGCAACAGAAGAAGGCCCCGCGGAAGGGAAAAAGUGGAAGUGCAGGAAAUAGUGGCCGCGACAUGGAUGAAGAUCAGGCACUGAGCCUCCGCACCCGCUGGUCCCGAAGUUUGGAGCGAGUGCAGCAGAGAAAAGCGAAGUUCAUGGCGGGGUUCAAAAAUUUCAAGAAGUGGGCCACCGUUUUCAACGACUGCAAAGAGGACUACGUGCAGGAUCUGCGGUCGGCGAGUCAGACCUUCAGCCGGAUUUUCGAAAAGCAGCAGUGUGGGAUUCCGGAGGAUGACAGCAGUGGGCCGUCCGCCACGGCGCAGGGCGGCACGAGUGCCGUGGAGGGAGGGAAGAAAGUGGAAGCGUCGGUUAUGACGUGCUCAGAAAGAUGUUACAAUCUCAACUGUUACAAUAAGAUCUGGAUUUUGUCUUGCAUGAACAGCGUGCGGAACAUACAGAGCCCCCUUGCGCUUUGCGCAGUACAAAUUUCGCCGGACGAUAAUUCUAGUGCAGUUUUAGGGCUCCUGAACUUGUCAUGUGCAUGUCUAUAAGUGCACCUGUUGCAUCAUAAAUCUUCUUUGUUUUAUCAAUGUUGCCAGUUACUAGAGAGAUUGUAACACCUGAGUCGGCUAUAUCGGUGUUGAACGACCUUCGCAAGGACGCGGAAGAGAAGAAGUCGGAGAAGUUUCUGGCAUUAAUGAAGCGGAUCGAGAACAAGGAAAUGCCGAGUGAACAUGACCCCGAGGCGCUGCUGGGUCGGUGGAAGCAGAUGGAAAGGGAUAACGAACAGGAUAUCAAGGAAAGGUUCCGCGCGAAGGUGCUGACCCCGAUGAAGCAGCAGUGCCAGGAACUCCUCGGAGGCAUUGCCGCAGCGACCACCGAUAAGAAGGAGGCGAGGAGGAAGCUGCGCGCUUCCCGGCAAAGUAGCAGUUCAUCGUCGUUUCUAGAAAUUGAGAAAGAGUCCGUAGUGGCGGAUCUGGAUACGGUGCCAUCAUCUCCAGGAGAAAAUACAAAUGAAAAUGACGCUGCUGCAGGAGGUGCUCUUCCAGCUCCCCCUUCCGCGCCAGCACAGGACCCGACUGGAGAGGGCGACGGCGCGAGUCCCACUCCUACCGGUGAAGUGGAUGAGUUUUCCUCGGGGUCGGGAAGAAGCAAGGCGAAGAACGCGGUGGACAAGGUUGCGGAGGAAGCAAAACUGACGGCGAUUCCCGAAGGGGUGGAGCGGGGGAUGGCGCACGUGAUUAAAUGGCAGCGGUACUUGCUCCACAACGGCGUCAACUUUGACCAGAAAGAGACCGACGUGGCUCCUUUGGGCGCGGAAGAUCCUUGCGAGGUGGUUCCGCCGGAGGCGACCGAAGUUGCCUCGGACGACGACGGGGAUUCAUCGGGCUCCCGCGGCCCCACCGUCCGGUGGAGCGUGCGGGUGCUCCGCGAUCUGCAGUCGGCCAGCCGGAAGGUGUUUCGGAACUGCUGCGGCAAAGUCGUCAGCAGCGUGCAGAUUCUGAUGCAGAACCCCACCAAGUCGGUCGACGACGUGCUAGGGGAGCACUGUGCCACCCUGGAGAAGGAGAUCACGAAAUAUCCAGGAAAAAACACCCAUCCCCAUCCAAUUUGUCAUGCAAAACACGUAUAAAAUCCUGUGUUUGUCAUGCAAAAAAUGGAUGUGGAUGGGUUUUUUUCUGUGGAUACGAAAACCCGGAAAACGCCGGCCGGACUCGAGGAAAUGGAGCGGCGGUUCGCAGAGGAAGUGGUGAAGCUGUAUCAAAAGAAAAAUUCCCCCCUCGCCAUAUCGAAAUGGAAAUCUGUGAUGCGGGACAUGUGUAUACAUAUCAAAUUUGUCUAGCAGUAGAGGACUGCAGACAGAUACAAAGCCGGACUAUGGAUGCUUUGGUGUAGGCGCCUAGCAAGGCAGGCAUAUCCUCCGUAGGCCAUACAGCAUUACAAAUUGCCUGCAGAACGCGGCGGGGUUUUUGGAUUUGCCUUCUAGCAAUACAGAGGCGACUUGUGGCCUCGCAUCAGCAUCACAAAUUUUGAGAAGUGUCCCGUUUUGGUAUGGGGGGAGGGAGGAUUCAUUUUUCCUCACAAUAAGCUGUCGGAAUUGGAGGCCAAGGCAAGCGAGGUGAUGAAGUCCGUGGACCGGUCGGUUGCGCCGGAGGACGAGUAUACCAAACUCCUGAGUGGCGGGGGCGACGAGGAAGCAGAGCGGGAGCGGCGAAAGGCGAAGCGCGGGAAUUGCGCGUUGCUCCGGGGGGAGCUGCGAUUGACCUACGACCUGAUGAGCGAUGUCGCCGGCCCCCUGCACCGGGGCGCCGUGAAGGCGAUAGCCUUUCGGAAGAGUCCGCCCAAGGCCGUCGUUCUGGCGUACCCGAGCGAAGUGAACGAGAGA